AUGAGAGCAGUUCCAGUUCCAAGAAAGUCCAGAGCUCGCUUUCUGCGGCGCAAAGCCGGACGUCUCUACCAAGUCGUGUCAUUCCGCAAAGUCAGACGUAAACUGAAUCUCCAUCAAAUACAUCAGCUUCACCGUAGGAAUGCAAAGAAUUUCCGAAGAAAGCGUUUUGAUGCCGGCAAGCUGAUGACACCAAUUGUGGCAGGUGAUGGUGUGAAUUUAUGGUCUGGAAUAGAAUCCCCGGCAGCCAAAAGCAAGCCAUUGCUGAUUGCAUCAUUUCCAAAUGGCUACAGCAGGUCGCCACGAGUUAAAGUUUUGCAGAAAAAUAGGCUUUCCAGGUCAUGGGUCAGUCGCAGACGAUACCGUCUGCAUAAAUACAAUCCUGGAUUGCAAAGGUCCCAUAUUCCAGAAACCGGGAAAGAAUAUGAGGAAUGCGUGCGUAGCUGUCGUGCUAUCAAGAGGCAAGCUUCAAAAUAUGCAGAUGUCAAAUUCAACUUCGAACGACAAAAUGUUAUGAGGACCGUGUGCAUUCCCAAUUACCAUUUGCAGGAUCAAACCCCACAUUUGCUGGAAUUUCAUCCGGAUCAUAGCAUCAGAUUGGAGGAAUUUCCGUCUUUGCUGCGAUCUGAGACCAAUGCUGAAAAAAUUGUUGUGGUGCACUCGGAGGCCAAACCAGGGUUUCUCUCACUCGUGAAGCGUAGUGUCAAAUCACAAUUGAAGAACAUAAACUGGAAGCUCAGCGAGUAUAUGCCCCAAGCAUCGUUUCUGAAGCUCCCUGACGUGAUUAUCUGGAGCAGCAUUGCCCCUCCCAUUGACAGCGGAGAAGAUUCGGCCGACGCUGGCGCACAGACGCUUCACGAUAAACUCAACGCUCUUGUAGAGGCUUCAAAACUGGCUGGCACUGCCUUCAAUAGCUACAAUCGUAUGGUUCAAAAGCUCGAGACCGUCUCGCCAGGUGCUACUCGUACCAUUCGUAGGGCCACAGCCAGGCGUGUAGCCCGGCAAUGA